GCCACAUCUCUUGCGCCAGAGCUGCCCGCUGCCCAAGCGGGCAUAUUUUGCCCAGCUAUAUUAUUGAAAUCUGGGGAGGAUGUGCAGCCGCACUGUGUGAUUGGAAAACCCCUCGGUUGUAGCUCCAGAGAGAAGGCUUUAAAGCUGUUCACCUGCUCACCUGAGGCGUCCACCACCAGGCUCUAAACACCCGGACUCUGUGCGGGCACGCCCGUGCAAUUUUGUCUUCCUUCGCCAUUCGCCAUGCCGUGCUUUUUCAACGUCCUUCCUGCCCGCUGAGCCACCCCUCCCGCCUCUCGUCCCGCUGCACAUCAUCAUUCAUAUCUCUCGCUCCCCGAUGUCCCGAGCCACACGUGCUUAUCGGACGACUUAGGAAAGGCCUAAUAUCGAAGCUCACGCUAAAAAACAGUGGGGCAAGGGUGUCAAAAUGGCCGAGUGGAUGAUGUAUCGCUAUACUGGCGGCAACGCCAACGGCACGCCCUUACGACCCAAGACUGCAGAGGCGAAGCAAUGGGAUCUGACCACAACUGAUGCGCUCGGACGAACGAUAUCAGCAUCGAGCUCGAAUUCACCCGCGCCCGUCCCAAGCAACGCGAUGGACGCAACGCGGGGCUCCAUCUCGAGCACAUCGACCCAGAGCACCAAAGAUGACGGUACAGGCUUCUCCAACCCGUUUGCGCUGCGGCACGGACGUCGAUACCUUCGAGACCUGCCCUACCCGCUGCCCUGCGACCUGCCAGAGCUUCAGCGGCAGAACCUCCAUACCCUCCUCGCAACCUCGGUAUUUGGUCGAGCCCUAGGUUCAACGCCAUCUCCGCAACGCCCGCCGAAAAAGGUUCUCGAGAUCGCAUGCGGCACCGGAUACUGGUCGUCGCUGUGCCAUGACUAUCUGAGCGGACUGGGUUAUGAGGAUGUCGCGUUCACCGGGUUGGACAUCGUCCCCUUGGCGGGAGACCUUCGGAAGCAGGGGAUAGAUUGGAGAUUUGUGCAGCACGAUCUGCGCAAAGUGCCGUUGCCAUUCGAUGACGCAGAGUUCGACAUUGUUGUAAUGAAGGAUCUCAGCAUGGUAGUACCAUUCGGCUCACCUUCCCAGAGGAUACUCGAUGAGGCGACGCGGAUAUUGAAAUCAGGUGGCACAUUGGAGAUAUGGGAAACGGACCAUAUCAUACGAUCCAUCUUACCUCACCCACCCCCUCCGCCAGGCAAGAACCCGCACGAGUACGCCUGCGCAGUCUCGACAGGAACCUUCCUAAUAUCGCCAUCGAUUACACCAUUUACAGAAGUGCAUAACCAGUUUCUGCGAGAUUCGAAUUCUUGGAUACAGGAUGCUUUAGACAGACGAAAGCUGUCACCUACACCUUGCGCGCGUAUAUCGCAGAUGCUGCUUCAGGAGACGGAGGCUCUGCGCGAUGUGGAAAACCGGAGAGUGGCUAUCCCGCUUGGAGAAUUGCGGUGGGAACGCGAAGCAGCGGCGGAAAAGAAUCCGGCGAAACGGCGUGGCAGCGAGGCCGCGCGGGGCAAGAAGGGAAGCCACACACUUGACAGCUCAACUCUAACGGAGGAGCAGGCAGCGCUCAGAUAUACGGCGUUACUCGUGGUCAUCCAGAUGAUCGAAAGCCUGGAACCACUCUUAAAAGAAGUCAGCGGAAAGAACCAAGAGGAGUGGCAGCGGUGGUGGGGAUGGAUGAUGUCAAACUUGCUAGAACAGAAAGGUGCUUCGAGUGGUGAAUGUCUGGAAGUUGGAGUAUGGUGGUGUCGGAAGGUCUGAGAUUCGAGUUGCAUACCGUUUCGUCUUGUGAUAUCCCAUUGUUACGGCCGCUUUGCAUGUCAUGGCUUUUCCAGAGACGGAAACUCAAGUCUUUUCAUAUCGUUGUCGAAGGGUUCGGUAACGCUUUAAGUAGUAC